UUUAAUAAACAGACUGCAGGAUAACAUCACACAAUCAGCUUGGUAUCAAGUGUGUAAUAUGGAUUCAGAUUCUGACGAUGAUUGGUAUGAUGAAGACACUAAUCGACGCAGGAAUCUUCGAAAAAAUAUUUAUUCACAACAGGGCACAAACACAGUGUCAUUACAUGAGACUCCAGACUCCUGGUUUCACGAGGGUUUACAAAUCAAUCGAUUCGAAUUCAUAAGGUCAGAGAAAGUUUUUGUUUUCAGUCCUUUUCUAUAUCGGAACGUAUUUUCACCUUUUGAUGAAAGUAAAUACACAAAUCAACCUAAAAUAUAUAAAAAAUGUAUGAUAAAUAUUCUAUCUAUGGAAGAGGCCGUUUGUAUUCCGGAAGACAACAAAGAAAUGAAAAUAAUUAUUUCUGGGCGGGAAAAGUGUGGACAAACAUAUACAGACGACACAGUGUAUGUAAAAGUAUCUAACGAAGGGGAGCCCGAGAAAGAUAGAAAAUACUACGGUGAAGUCGUAUCAUUUAUAGAUAGAAAUCGCUUUAAAAACAUAUCACAUCCAGUCUUUGUUUGUCUCAUAGAUCGACGACAGAGUCAUCUAAUGAUUCCAAUUUGCAAGACUAUUCCAAAAAUAAAUAUCUUACACGGACGUCUUGCACAGAAGUAUCCGGAAGGUGCGAGAACAAGAGUUGAAAUUCAUAAACAUGAUUCGGCUACGAAUGAUCUCAAGUUUCAUAAGUAUCAUAACAUCACAGAAGGUGACAAAGAAAACUGGUUGUUUACUGUAGUUCUUUUGAAAUGGAAGUCAACUAAUAUUCAUCCCCUCGGGGCAGCCUUAGGUGUAGUACAUAGCUCGAAAGACAUAGAGGAGGGAAUGGCCUUGAUUUCUCACCAAAACAGUUUGCCGUUAUGGAUUGAUUACCCUUCUGACAAUGAAAUCGAAGAACUAGGAGAUGAAACUGCAAAUCGCAAAUAUCAAGAUAAAACCGACUCCGAAAAUAUAUUUACAAUAGCUAGAAUGGAGGAAAAUGUUAUAAAUCACGGCUUUAGUAUUAAGAGAGUUAAGCAGAACAUAGUUAGCGUUGGUAUUCAUGUCACUGACGUUAGCAGGUUUGUUCACAAAGAUGAUGAAAUAGAUAUCCAAGCGCAAUCCCGUGGAUUUUCUUUUCAAAGCACAAAACCAGCACAGAAUACACUUAUGCUGACUGAUCAUAUCAACAACCGAUGCAGCCUAAAACCAAGGUGUAGAAGAUAUGCAUUAUCAGUUUUCGUUGAAUUCGACCUAACUGACAAUUGCAAUAUACGUAUAGUAGACACAGAAAUUUGUAGAACGAGAAUAAGUUCAUCUGCUCAUUAUAAUUACACAGAAAUUGAAGACAUUCUCAACAAUCGAGGUAUACUUGAUGAAAACUUCGCUGACAACAUACAGCUUCUUUUUCAAUUGUCAAAGAAAUUGAAAUUUCAACGUCUAAGAACGCAGUCUUUUACAUUCCCAGUAACUGUAGAAUUUACAACUGAAGAUAACAUUAUGAAAACAAGAAAAGCACAUUCUUUAGUAGAAGAAUACCUUGCUCUUGCCAACAAUACAGUAGGAAGCAUUCUGACGCAACAUUUCCCAAUGAAUGUACCUGUUUUCCAUUCAUUACAAUUGGCCAAAGAUAGCAGAAGUAAACCAAUAGAUUGGUAUUUCUUCCACAAAUAUUUUGCUCACCUGUUGUGUAGCAAACAAGAAGAGAGCAUAGAAGAAAUAGGGAAGUUAUCAAUUGAUAAUGCACCAACAGGACCAACUUAUUUGUAUCGAAGGUUAGCCGACGACUCCCCUAUGAGUGAAAAUGAAUAUAAAAAUAUUGAAAAUGAGAAUAUACUUUUUGUUCCAAUACAGUCACAUGUUUUAGAACAAAUUUUGAGAUUUGUUCAAAUAAAUGAAAAUAUUGACAAAGCAGUUGAACUUAUUUGUUCUGAUAACAUUCACCCUAAACAGGGUAUAGCUUUGAACGAUUGGCAAUCAUUUGAACCUAUUACCGAAUACGUUAUAUCUGAACUUCAUACAGAAAAUUCGUCUGUUCAUUUCACGUGCCCUCUCAGUAGAUAUUGUGAUAUUGUCACUCAUCGACUGGUACAUGCUUAUUUAGAUGGAAAAAAGAUGCCCUUUGAAUUGUCUGAAUUACAAAACAUUUGUUUGUAUUUGAAUGCGGAAUUGAAAAGAAGAAACGAUUUUAAUUUGCAGUUCAAGAAAGUAGUCCUGGCAAAUUAUAUGAAGGAACAGCCAACACUUUUUCAGGGUUUCGUUUCGAAUGUAUCACAAGAAAAAUACGACAUUGUCAUACCAGGACUUCAUGAAACGACAAUGGGAAAUUUGUCGGUAAAAUUCAGCGAAAUAGGUGUAUGUAGAAUUCCUGAAAUUAGUGAGGAUAACGAUCUGCUCUUAUUCAAAGACUCAUGUUUAAAAGUAACUGUGAAAUGGAGAAAACGUUUAUAUAGCUAUAAAGCAACAUUAUUCGCAAAACCAAUGGAUGAUGGUGUAAAAAUAAGAACUGACAAGUACACAAAGAUAUACCCCCAUAUAAACACUGCAUUUGUUAGCUUAAAAUGUUGGAAAAACAUACUGCAACAUGUCUUUGAAGAACAAAAUAAUGCAUCAUUCCAUGAAACGUUAAAAAACAAAAUAGAACAAAUGAUGCAAACACUUGACAGAAACAAGCAGCAUAUAAAUAGUUAUAAAAACAGUGUUUCCGAUGUUAAUUCUGAAGUAUCCGAACAGGUUAUAAUUGAUCACUUUGUUCCGUUUCAAACAUCAUUUCAUCAUGGACAAAUUGUUACAGUUCAAUUAUCAGCAAAAGAAGUAUCAGGAAUUUUGACACCAGUUCCACAAAUAGUAAGCCUGACAAAUGGUAUAAAAUUUUGUCUACCACAUGUACAAGAUCCAAUCAAAACAUUCUCAAGAUAUGCCGAGAAAAGUUCGUUACCAAAGUACAAAACCAUAGAGGAUUACAAGAAUAUCUGGCUCCCUAUCGUUGAAAUGGAAUCAACUUUUAAUGCUGUGGAUAACGGGGAAUCAGUCGUAAUCAAUGAAUUACCCCUUAAAUUUAAAAAUGCCCAAGGCUUUUUUGAGUUGGAUCAAGAAUUUUGUGACAAACGUGAUUUAGAAUUUGGAUAUAUUCCUGAAAUAGAUAAUGAUGAUAGAGGAUUAUUGAUAAGUGAAAAUAAAAAAUAUUUUUUGUUACCGAGUGGAAAUUUUCUUUGUAUAAUGCAAGCUCAAGACCUCGACUUGGAAACCAAACAGAAAAUAGGCAAUCAAGUUCUACAUAAAGAUACAUAUUUAUGGAGUGGACACGCAGAAACUACUAAAAUAUGUAGAUAUGAAAAAUUAGAAAAGGAAGAAAAUGGUGGCCAACAUAGAACAACAAAACUUCGAGUAGCAUUUCAACUUCACGAAAAUAGUUCUUCGCCACCUGCUUCUACGUUAAACGACUGUAGACUGGAGGUCAUUUAUAAAUCGCCAGUUGAUAGGCGCCUUGAAACCCAUCUGAAAAAAAUACAGCAAGCUAGUGAUUUAGCAAAAAAUAUAGCAGUUGGAAAAGAUAUCAAUAUUCCAGAUCGAAUACAUUUUGAAAUUGCGGAACAGAUUAUACAAGAAGGUCUCAAUGUUGAUAUAUGGGAAAAUAAUGCUCAACAGCACUGGGCUAUUAAAACAUCCCUCAAAACAAAAUUUAAACUCAUCCAAGGUCCUCCAGGCACAGGGAAAACUUACAUUGGUGUUAAGCUUGUUUAUCUUUUCAACAAAUUUAACACCUUGAUGCACCAGAGGACAGGCAGUACUAAGAACCAGAUAAUUUUCUGUGGACCUUCAAACAGAUCUGUCGAUUUAGUUGCACGCCUUGUAUUAGAGAAAUUAGGACCUAAAGCUCCGCGUAUUGUUAGAAUGUAUGGCAGUGCUAUUGAACAAAUAAGCUACCCAAUUCCUGGAAGGGCAAGUGUUAACAAACGCAACAUAUCCGAUGCCAAAACAGAUCCCUACCUGGUUGAUCAUGGAAUUGUUCUGCAUCACAUAAUUCGACAAGAUGGAAAGCCAUAUGCCGCCCGCUUACGGGAAAUUGAUAGAAAAUUUUCCGAUGAUAUCAGGAUGCUAGAAGAAACAGAUGAGCGAACGAGGAUGCCUUUAAAAACAACAGUUGCAGAAAUAAAGGAAUAUAGAGGUAUCCAGAGUAAGGCAACAAAAGAGGAGCUUCCACACUAUGACGUCAUAUUUUGUACAACUUCGCUGGUAGCAAAUCCAAAAGUUCUAAAAGCUACAAAAGACAGAGUUUACCAGCUUAUAAUUGACGAGAGUGGAAUGUGUUCAGAACCAUCAACAAUAGUUCCUAUUAUAGCAACCUAUGCGAAACAGGUUGUUCUAAUUGGUGACCAUAAACAAUUACGUCCGAUAAAUAAAUGUAAAGAAGCAGCAAAAUUAGGACUAGAAACCUCGCUUUUUGAAAGAUAUUCAGCAAAUAUCCAAUUAAAAACCAUGCUACAAGAACAGUAUAGAAUGCAUCCCAAAAUAUGCGAAUUCCCAUCAAAUCACUUUUAUGAUGGUGAAUUAAAAACUCAUCCCAAGGUUGGAAUAUCGCCUCAAUUAUUACACAUGUGGCCGCAUACACCAGAUGGAUAUUAUCCACAUGUGUUUUUUCACGUAGAAGGAGACGAGCAGACAUUAACUGUUAAAACCGAUGCUGGAAAUGAACAGUCAAGGUUCAACGACGCUGAAGUUAAACAAGUGAUAAAAGUGUUUCAACAUAUGGUAGAAAAGGAGGAUGUUUCACCUUCAAGCAUCAAUGUCAUGUCUCAGUACAACGCCCAGUGUACAGCGUUGAGGGAAGAAUCUGUUAACACUGGACUUACAAUACCUAUAAUAUCUACUGUAGUUGCUAGUCAAGGUGGAGAAUGGGAUUAUGUCAUAUUUAGUUUGGUAAGAUCUAUUCCUAACUAUCUAAUACCAAAACAACCAACCAGAGGAUGGUGCCUCCAGAAUCUCGGAUUCAUAACAGACAUUAACCAAAUUAAUGUAGCUCUGACAAGGGCCAGAAAAGGACUUGUAAUUAUAGGUAACAGAAACUUGCUUGUGUGUGACCCAGUUUGGAAGGAACUUAUUCACGACUACGAAAAGAAGAAUUGUAUGUUCAUUGGCGCAGACUUCCCACCGGCUACAUAGUUAGCCGCCUUUGCCUUUUGAAACACUAAGUGCACGUGGUGUAUUAUAUAAAAUAAAAGUGACAGA